AUGCAGACUGCUUCUACAAACAUUUGUGAAAGACUGUGCAAUAAAUCCAUCCAUGAAAAUUCCUUGCUACUAAAUAUUCCAUGGUCAACUGUUAAUGGUAUUAUAACAAAGUGUAAGCAACUGGGAACAGCAACUCAGCCACAAAGUGGCAGGCCACGUAAAAUGAUAGCAGGGUCAGCACAUGCUGAAGCACACUGUGUGCAGAAAUCACCAACUGUCUGCAGAUUCAAUAGCUAAAAACCUCCAAACUUCCAUUGGCCUUCAGAUUAGCAAAACAACAGUGCAUAGAUAGCUUCAUGGAAUGUGUUUCCAUAGCUGAGCUGCAUCCAAGCCAUAUACCACCAAGUGCAAUGCAAAGCGGUGUAAAGCACGCUGCCACUGGACUCUAG